AUGUGGAGGGAGCAUCGCGUUGCGUGGCUUUCUGGCGAGAGAAGCGCCCUUUUCUCAAGCACGAGCCACGCUCAAAGCCUCCCUACGAGACAGCAGAACCUGCUGUACAAAAUGGAGGCGCGAGAAGACCGCCAGCCUGGUCUGUGGAGACGGACGGCAUUUGACUCGUCGAAAACGGAGCCACCGACUUCGUUUCUGAGUCCUCAGCCUGCACGAGCAUACCCUCGUAUGAUAGAGCUGUCCUACAAGCCUACGCCUCGCAAGACGGAGCCUGCUAGUUAUGGGACACCAAACCAUGUGUCUACCACAAGUCGCAUCCCAAAAUGGAUUUCUAGGUACACAGAUCAAUCUCCAAGCACUUCCAAAGUCGUGACAGCAAGUUACGCGGAGCCUAAACCAACUACACCGAAUGCAGUUAUUCCAAAUGAUGUGAAAGCUGUGCCAGCUAACCCUUUAGCACCUACUCGUCGUUCAAAGCCUGUGGUAAGCUAUAUAGACGUCGGGUUGAACGGGCAGAAUGGCGGCACAACCCCGAACAAGUCUGACUUUGUAGGUGUCCACAAAGACCCCGAAGAACCCCCGAAGGGCAUUCUCCAUGCAACUCGUUUCUUUGAACCAGAUGUAGAUAAAAAGGGUGUCGAUGAGGCCAAGUAUAGAGUUCCAACUGAGCCUACGGUUCCAAAAGAGCAUCAGGAUGCACUGGCGAUCACUAUGGGUGGUGCGAACGACUCAACCCUGACUGUCCAGCUGGUGGAUGAAAUCGAACCUCACGCAUUUUCUAAGGUGACCAAUAAAUGGGGGGCAGUGACACAUGAAACGACUGCAGAUGACGGUGCCACGUCAGAUCCGCUGGCUACGUUAAGGGAUCUUGAGGUGCCCUUGAAUAGCUCGCUCGGCUAUUCCGGUGACGAGAACGUCGUAGAAACCGCAAGGACCCCAAUCAAACACAUAUCAACCGUGAUUGGCAACCCAUUCACAAUAUUUCGGCUGAAGCACGCUCGCAGUGCGGUCAAUGUCACUGAGGAGGACCUGGCUGCUUUGAAGGCUACUAUGUUCGCAAAGCGACAUUCUCCGGAUGACCUGCUCUCCUGCUUCAAGGCCUCCAUAUCGGUGACUAACAUCCCCAUGAUGGAUAUAAUACUGAGGUUUUUGUGCGAUGUGAUGCGUAGCGACGUCUCUCAACGAGAGCUGUGCGUGCGCAUGAUGGAGACCGCAUUGGUGUACCACCCCGACGAGCUGGUGAGGUGCUUCUCGUGCACCUACAUCCCGUUUAUGUUUGACCCGGAACUCAAUGACGACGUAGGAGGUAGCUUCAUGAGGCUUCUUUUGUCCUACAAGGCCACGUUCGUGGCCCCGGGUAUAACUGAUGACAGCUUGCCCGUCUGCGUUGACAGGAGAGGGAGGCUGUGUUACAACAUUGAGGAGUCUGAUCCUGCCGACCGCUACUACGUCGCGCAUCGAAAUCGCAAAAUAGACACGUUCGGUGAAGCAAGUGACGAUGUGAGUGGCACAAACACUACAUCCGAUGCACCAUCGGGGCUGGACUACAUUGGUUGCGGCAAAAUCGAAUCCAUGGUGCUUCUUAAGAUAUGUGCCGAUAGAGCCAAAGUUGAGUCUGUGUUCGACAUUCCGGCAUCCAGACUGCGGGAUUGGUUGUGUACGAUUUGGUUUGAGCUACCCGCCACGAGACCCUGCCUCCCGUUGAUGCGGUUAUGCAUCCAUUGGAUAGACUCACGGGAGGAUUCAACAUUUCUGAAAGAUGCAGCAUUUGCACUUGUUCAGAAGGAGCUGUCGUUGUUGGGUGAGUUUCAGGGAGGAAGGCUUGUAAUGCUGGAGCUGUUGUCGUUCAUGGUUGAGCGCAACGGCGACGCCAGCGCCGAGUUGAGCAAGAUAGUUGACAUCGUCGCAGAAGGCGAAGAGAACACGCUCUAUGCGAUAAUGGAUUCCAUAGUAUCCUACAACUUGCUGGAAAGCGACAUGUUGGAUCUGUGGUGUCUGCUGUGUAUCCUGCCGUGGCCUGUGGCCUCGCCGACCAGCGCCAUAUGCCGCCUCUUGUCGAGCACGUUUUUGAUAUUCUACCAGAUCGCAUAUGAUGCUAUUAAGUCAGGGUCUGGGCAGGACCGAUUCUCGUCGCCUCCUAUGGCCCUCCUGGAGAAUGCGCUUAGGAUAUGCACCUGUCGUUGCUCCUCACCCGUGCUGGCCAAGGGCGCGCUGAUGCAAACUAUCAUGUUGGUUGAACUGUCACCCUUGCCAGCUCUGAAGAUGAAGAAUGCCCCCUUGAUCCUUUCCAGUUUGUCGCCGUUUUUGUGGAAGUGCUACUUCGUGUGGUCCAACUGCGGCCGCGACGUCGACCCGGACAACCUUACUGCGCUACGCCACCUCUACGAUUCGUUGCGCAGAUGCGUGUUCUGCGAGCCGUUAUCCAGCGCUGAUCGGAACAUCACUACUCGGACACUGCCCAUGUUCCCUCGCAUACGCUUUACCACGAAUGAGGGUGACGAGGAUGAUGUGAACAUCAGCAACUUCAUCGGCACUACCACGCAGGUUAUCAGCACAGUUAGCGCGCCAGAACCGGAAGAGGAGUUCGAUUAUAGCUAUGCUCCCCAGGAAGAUUCGGCGGUGGACGAUGUGCCGAAUGUGUUGCCGUUGGAGCAGCCAAGGGGGAUUCGCAACCUCGGCAAUACGUGCUACUACAAUUCACUGUUGCAAGCGCUAUUCCACACACGGAGUUUCGUUAAAGGGCUGUUUGAUCUGUCAUCCAGUAAUACGACCGUUGCCGUCUACCAGCGUCUCUUCCGCAAGUUGCUGAAGCGUGGCAAGAAGCCGUUCGACCCAAACCCCGGCUACAAGCUGCUGCCCGCAGCGUGGCGCCAGAAUUCCGAGCAGCAGGACGUAACUGAAGUGCUCAGCCAUCUGUUGGAGUCUCUGGAUGAAAGCCUAGAGCUUUGGCGCCGCUUGUUCGCUGGCAUGGUGGUGCGUCGUAUCAAGUGCCUGCAUUGCGGCAACAUGAGCGACAACCGUGAGAUCGUGAUGGAUUUUACUUUCACGGUGGACAACAUGUCCAGCAUUCAGGCGAUGUUCGACGAUUUUUGCAAGAUCGAGAACUUGCGCGGCGGUAACCGUUACCUGUGCGCCAAGUGUGAUGCCCACCGCCGUGCCGACAUGUGGAAUGUGAUAGCGUCGCCGCCAGCGCACCUCAUGGUGGUGCUAAGCCGUCAUAUGUGGAGCCCGGUGGCGGCGUUGCAGGGGUCGUCCGGCGGCGCUAGCAAGCUUUUGAAUCACGUGCAUGUCGACGAGCAGCUACGCAUCUGCGAGUUCGACUACACGCUCUACGGGACGAUAUUCCACUCCGGAACGGGUGCUUCGUCUGGUCACUACUACUUCGUGGGUCGUGACAGUGAGGCUCCCAGCAACUGGCACGUCUGCGACGACUCGCAGGUGCGCCCCGCUACCGCUGCGACUGUGAACGAGAUAAGCAAAGACCGUGGCAACUCCCAUGUGCCCUACGUGGUCUUCUAUCGCUGUUCGCAAGCUCCACUGACGGAACUAUAA